GUCACGCUGCUGAGUUGCCAAACACUGAAGAAAAGUGGAAAAGCCACGUUGACCGAAGCGAGAAGUAGGGAAGUAACAGCUGGACGAAACGUGGACACGAAGAAAGCGAAAAAACCGUUUUAAUUCGAUCACACAAUCAUGUCAUCGCCUCCGAAGGAAAAACCCGAAACAAAAGCUGGACAUCUACCUGCAGUUAAAGCUGGAGGAAUGAGGAUUGUGCAGAAACACCAGGGAGCUGGUGAAUAUCCCCAAGAGAAGGACAAAGACAGCAAGGAGUAUGAAAGCAGCAGCCCCCCUAAGCCAACUCUGAUCAUUUCUGGAGUUGUUGCAAAGGGCAAUAAGGAUUUUCCGCCUGCUGCAGCUCAGGUAGCUCAUCAGAAGCCUCAGCCAUCUGCAGAGAAGCUGCCCCCGUGUCAUCACGUGCACCAGCAGAUCCACCAGCCUCGCAAGUGAGCCAGAGACGAGGACGUCCAGCCGGUGCGGUCACCUGAGUGCCAUCACGUGAUGCUAGACUUGUGUUGUGUAUUAUUCCCUUUCUUGAAACAAAAGCUAAUUUGAUGAUUAAAUACGAUGUUCUGAUAGGUCAGAAUGUGGAAUUUAGUAGAAAUGGACAGAGAUGUUUUUAAUUUGACAAAUUGGGUAAUUCCAUGUGCCGUCCUUCUUGGUGGCACAUUUCAUAGAAUGAGCCAACGUGUUUAAGAAAAUGAAGGAUGAGCUCAGGCUAUGCAAACAAACCGAUUUAUGAUUGCUUUUGUACGUGAUAAGGUCAUUGAAUCGACAAAGGCAGAGGAGGGCUUUUUUUUUUUUUUUAAGAAUUUUUCAAAAGAUUGAAAUCCUUUAUUAGUUCAGCAAUUGAAAUAAAACAAUUAUUUUUAAGCCUCA